AUGGCAACGGAGGUAGAGGGACAAGUGUUCGGCUGCCACACCAUUGAGGCCUGGAAUGAACAUAUUUCGAAGGGAAACGAUUCCAAUAAUUUGAUAGUUGUAGAUUUCACUGCUUCAUGGUGUGGACCUUGUCGUUUCAUCGCUCCAUUCUUUGCAGAGCUGGCUAAGAAAUUGCCCAACGUUACCUUUUUGAAGGUGGACGUGGACGAAUUGAAGUCAGUUGCUACUGAUUGGGCAGUGGAGGCAAUGCCAACCUUCAUGUUCCUCAAAGAAGGUAAGCUUGUGGACAAGGUUGUUGGGGCCAAGAAAGAAGAACUGCAGCAGACCAUUGCAAAACACGUGACUACUGCCUAA